AUGGCACGACGACGGAACAGUGUCAUUAUCGCUGCUGUCUGCUAUCUGAUUACAAUCAUCUUUCUCAUUCUCGUGCUGAUAGGGAAUACGUCCAACAAGCCGGUCCUCAGAGAUAUCUUCUUCUUCCGUCUCGACGUCGCAAAUGUCAUUCCAAUCUCCACCGCCGCCGAUGCCACCCUCCUCAACACCAAUGCCCGGACGCUAGGCCUUCACGAUUUCUACCAGAUCGGCCUAUGGAACUUUUGCCAGGGAUACAGCGAUGAAGGCGUCACCGAGUGCUUCAAGCCAGAGGCUCUCUGGUGGUUCAACCCGAUCGAGGUGCUGACGAGCCAGCUCUUCACCGGCGCCGUCAUCGCGCUGCCGCAGGAGGUGACGACGAUCCUCACCGUCCUGCGCCUCGCCCAGCAGAUCAUGUUCGGCUUCUUCCUCUCGGGCAUCUGCCUCGCCUUCGUCAUGCUCCUCGUGUCGGCCGUCGCCAUGCGCUCGCGCUGGUGGUCGCUGCCCCUCGCCAUCUUCGCCUUUCUCGACGCCCUCCUCGUCACCGUCGCCAGCAUCCUCGGCACCGCUAUGAGCGUCGUCGCCAAGUACGCCCUCACUGCCCAGUCCGAGCUCAACCUACGCGCCAGCCUCGGCGCUCGCAUGUUCGCCUUUAUGUGGGUUGCCUCGACCGCGACCAUUGUCGCCUUUUUCGUACACGCCAUCAUGGGGUGCUGCUGCCGCCGGCACCCGCUCGACGAGCGGCGCACGAAGAUGGAGCCGACGCCCGACGGGAGCCAGGCCACCUCGGAACCGAAAGCCACGACAUCGACGAGGCGGAGGACGGGCCCUGGUGCCUUUUCGGCAUAG